CAAGGUCUUCGCCAAGAAGGUCGUCGAGCAGGACGUGCGCUCGCGCGCCUCGUCCGUCUCGUCCGUCAAGCUGAACGACGGUAACUUCAUCCCCCAGGUCGCCCUGGGUGUGUACAAGGCCCCCAACGGCCAGGAGACUGAGGAUGCCGUCACCGCGGCCCUCGACGCCGGCUACCGUCACAUUGACUCGGCCGCCCGCUACGCCAACGAGGAGGCCUGCGGUCGUGCCAUCCGCGCGUGGAUGGAGCGCACCAACACCCCCCGCGAGGAGAUCUACGUCUGCUCCAAGCUCUGGGAUGCCGACCACGGCUACGAGGCCACCUUCAAGGCCCUCUGCGACUCCCUCGACAAGUUCGGCCUCGAGUACCUCGACCUCUACCUGAUCCACUCCCCCGCCGACGACGAGGAGAAGCGUCUGGCCUCGUGGCGCGCCCUCGAGGACGCGAAGCGUCUGGGCAAGGUCCGCUCCAUCGGUGUCUCCAACUUUGGCGCCGCCCACAUUCAGAACCUCCUGGAGAACGCGACCGUCGUCCCCGCGGUCAACCAGGUCGAGGUGCACCCCUUCUGCCAGCGCCAGGAACUCGUCGACCUCUGCGCCAAGCACGGCAUCAAGAUUGAGGCCUACUCCCCUCUCGCCCGCGGCAACAAGCUCGAGGACCCUACCAUUGGCAAGAUUGCGGAGAAGUACGGCAAGACCCCUGCCCAGAUCCUCCUCAACUGGAACGCGUCCCGCGGCAACGUCGUCCUGCCCAAGAGCUUGACGGCCUCGCGCAUCCAGAGCAACCUGGACUCGUUCGACUUCACCCUCGACGCGGAGGACAUUGAGACCAUCAACAAGCUCGGUGCCGAGAACUAUGUCACCGGCUCCAUGCACAAGUCCGCCGACUGAGCGGUUGUCGCCUCAUGAUAUUCACGACUCUUUUUUUUUAUCAUCACGACAUGGAAGAAAGACACCUGCGCGCGGUCUGCAGACAUGAUAGACAUCCGACGAGUCGCAAAAGCGAUAGAACGUCGCCAUGGCGCCGACCACUAGGUCGUCUUACACGGAUUGAGCGUUGCUCUCCGGAUAGAAAUAGCAUAGCGUUUGCCAAUAGCCUUUUGAUUAUCUACUAUGACUUCUUACCAUGAC